AUGAGUGAAGACAAGACAGACAACAGACCAGACGCGUUGAUAGACUAUGAACAGGCCAUAGACUAUUGGACUUCAAUCCCAGCCACAGUAGACGGUGUUCUUGGUGGGUAUGGUGAAAGCACAUCAGUUCCAAAAGCAGAUGUUGUUGGUUCAUUAACUUUCCUACGUAAAUUGAAAACUAGAAUGAUUCCUGAAGAAGGUCAAAGGAAAAUAGGUGUUGAUAUUGGGGCUGGUAUUGGUCGUGUUACUAGAGAUAUGUUACAUAAAGUUUGUGAUGUGGUUGAUUUAGUUGAACCUGUUGAACCUUUUGUUAAACAAAUGGAAUUUGAAUUACAAGAGUUAAAAUCACAAGGGAAAAUUGGUGAGAUUUAUCCAAUUGGGAUGCAAGAUUGGAUACCAGAAAAGGGGAAAUACUGGGUUAUUUGGUGUCAAUGGUGUGUUGGACAUUUACCAGAUGAAGAAUUUAUAAAAUUUUUAAUAAGAUGUAAAGAAGGAUUACAAAAAAAUGGUACAAUAAUAAUAAAAGAAAAUAAUGCACCAUUAGAUGAUGUUUAUGAUGAUGAAGAUAGUUCAAUAACAAGAUCAAAUGUUAAUUUUCAAAAAGUUUUCAAAAAAGUUGGAUUAAAAUUAAUUUCAACAGAUUUACAAAAAGGUUUACCAAAAGAAUUAUUUAAAGUUAGAAUGUAUGCUUUAAAACCAGAAGAAGAAGAAGCCUAA